AUUCAUAGCUUUUUAUCUCUACUUUGUGUUGGUCGGUCGCCAGGCUCUUGAAAGCUCCUCUGGCUGUAGGUCUGACAAGAUUUCGAGUGCCAAGAUGGUAGUAAUGAAUAGGAGGAAGAUAAUUAGUCUGGCACAUUUCUGCAGGCAGCUGAACGCUAUCUGGAGUCAGCGACUGGUGCCAGUAAGACCCUGCAGCUUAGCCAUCUGCAUUCAUAAAAACAGGAAUGAUGCACUGCAUCCGCUUUGGCAGAGCCCGCUUUCAGUCCCGGGAGGCACGCGCCAGUCUCCGAUCGAUAUCCAGUGGAGAGAUAGUAUUUUUGACCCUUACCUGAGGCCCCUGAAAACCAGCUACGACCCAGACACGUGUCUUCACAUCUGGAACAAUGGAUACUCGUUCCUUGUUGAAUUUGAGGAUUCUGCGGACAAAUCGAUAAUUAUGGGAGGACCCCUGGAAAACCAGUACAGGCUAAAGCAGUUCCACUUCCACUGGGGAGCUAUAAACGAGUGGGGCUCCGAACACACGAUUGACAGCAGAGUCUACCCAGCAGAGCUGCAUUUAGUACACUGGAACGCUGUUAAAUAUGAGAGCUUUGAAGACGCUGUAAUGGAGGGUAAUGGCUUGGCUGUCAUAGGAGUGUUUUUGAAGCUGGGGGCCUACCACGAAGGACUGCAGAAGUUAGUAGAUGCAUUACCAGCUGUUAAACACAAGGAUGAAAUCGUUGAGUUUGAUAGCUUUGAUCCCUCCUGUUUGCUACCGUCAUGCCCAGAUUACUGGACCUACGCUGGCUCUCUGACCACUCCACCACUUACAGAGUCUGUCACCUGGAUCAUCAAGAAGAAAGCCAUAGAGGUUGAUGAGGAUCAGCUGGAGGCGUUUCGGAUGCUGCUCUUCACCUCGCCCGGGGAAGAAGAAAAGAGGAUGGUAGACAACUUCCGCCCGCUGCAGCCGCUGAUGAAUCGGACCGUCCGCUCCUCCUUCCAAAACCAGCAUCUCCUGAGCAUUGAAACAAGACUCGAGGAAGAAGCCCGAUAUGCCAGGCCGUGGGGCAGCCUUUAAAAAGACAGUACCUAUUGCAGUGCCGAAAAGCUAUUAGCAGACGCUUUAUUGGGUUUUUUUACUAUCUCUGUGUAGUAUGCAUGUAUGGCAUAGACUUUCAUUAGUUGGUCGUUGAAAGGGAUUUGGGGUUCCCGACUUGGCAUUUGACCUUUAGUGGAACAGCCUUUUUUUAUAGAAGCGAAUGGUUUUACUAAACUCUAAAAGCAAGUAGCAACGAAGUGUAUUUGGGGAGUUGAAAGCAAAGGAAGGGGGCGAGACUUUGCUCUGUUGUCACGAUUAUCCUGCAUCUCCUGAAACUCUCCCGCUUACUGAAGGCUCCUUGUGACUCUUGCAGAUGGAUAACAGCAGCAGAACCGCCCCAGCAGGCAGGGGCCCAAAGAGGCGCAAAGAAGUCCCCCGUAGGUAAUCCAUCAUGUCCUCGCUGAGCUUGGCUUUGGGGAGGGGAAAGUGCAAUUUUCUUUGGAUAAUCAGAAAAUGGAUAUACCAUUUAAAGACUGAAAACAUUUGCUUGAUGAAUUUGGUGCUGAGCCCAGAGAGCGGUCCAGUGGCCUGAAUCUUAUCUACCUCUAAAGUAUGAUGCUUGCCAGAGUUUUCCCCCCAUGUUCGUUGACUUUGUGUGUGUUACGGUGUUUAGCAGUGUCCGUUCCCUGGAGGAAAUUCAUGUGCAAAUGGACAAGGUCACCCCCUCCUUUGGACAGGAACUAGGGGCUGGCUCUUGGCAAUACAAGCAACAUGGAUUCAUCUUUUUUUCCCCCCUUAACUUGUCUCGGGGGACAACUAAGAAAAGCUUUGCCUCUGUCAGCUGGGGGACAAGACUCCAGUGGCUGAUGUUAUUCAGUGCCAGGGAAGUCAGCAAGCUAGCCCUGCAGUGCUAAAUUUUGAAAUUUAGGACCGAUUAGUUUUUUUACAUUUGUGUCCAAAUACAUUACGGUCCUUUUUUGUUUGCCUCUGAUUUUUUUUCUUUUGAUUGUGGGCUUUCACUUGGCUCAGUUGAAUGAGUGCCUUAUUCUAGUCCCUGCUUCCCUGAGACGGUAUAGUUCAGGUUGAUAGUCAGAGGCCAAUAGCUGUAUCUUGUUUUACCUUCAGUCCAUCAAACACAUCCAUCUCCCUUAUUCUGGUUCUUGUCAGGUAAGUGUGUAAAAUAGGCUUUUCUGACUCCCCAGAUCUGAUUCCCCGUGUGUCUUCAGAUCUAGCUGGCUAACUUUCGCAGUUGAAAAAAGUAGAUUUUCCCCUCUGUUAGCUCUCCAGAGCCCACAAAACUAGACUGUAUUCUUCCCCCUGUCUAGCAGAAAAAGGAUGUUAUGUUUCAUUCCCCUGGUAGUUGAAACCAGGGAGAUGCGCAGAGGUCAAUAAUGACAUAAUUAAUUGUCAUGGAGCUCGGAAAAUAACUGGUUUACUUUGAAACUGGGCACAUUGAAAUGUGGAGUUGCUUUCACACUCCAUGUUUCUCUCCAUGCCAUUCCCGCUUUCAUUUUUGGAGAAGGGUCCGACUUGAAGAUAGCAGUCAUUUGGAUUCAGUUAUAGGACGAGUAUAUUAUAUAUUAUUGUACAGAUCACCGCCACCCGGUAGGGCAGUGAUAUUUAGGCUGUUAGAGACCAUGGUAGUUAACACUACUCUUAAUGCUGCUUUUAAGUUUAAAGGCUACAAUGGACCAGGCUUUUAUAAAUAAAAAAUAAGCUAUAUGCCAAUAUUCAACGAUGGUAUCUUAAAUAGUCACAUGGACGUGGUAGAGUUAAGGGAUUGUAAAAUGGCUCUUCCUCGUUGCGUAAAGAAUAUCCGUUUGUUUUACUGGAGGGAAAAUCCCCGGUGAUUGUAAAAGAGAGAACCUGGCUUAAUCUGGUUGUGUUUGAACUACUGGCUGUUAGAGCAAAGGUGUUUUAAAACCAUAAAACAAGGAUAUGAGAUCAUUUAGAGUCGGUAGAAAACUGUUGAUUAAGUUAUCUUUUUUAGCUAGUUAGUGGUUUAAAUUCUCUUUUAAAUGACAGGGUUUGGGUUUUUUUUAAAUGAACAGAUUUUUGGUGGUUUUAGAUUGAUUUCAUAUCCAAGAUGUAACUAUUUUAGUGUCCUUCGUGUAUUCCUGAGGAAUUUUAGCAAAUUCUUGCUCAUUUCUGAUUUGCAAAACUUGUUGCACUACUUGAUCUAGCUCUAGUGGCAGAUAUAGUUGCUAAAAUCUAAUUUUGGGUUUUGAUGGUGUUUAUGGUAUAAAUGCUCAAUAAUCUGCAAGCCUUUCACAGCGUGGGGAUUUGGACCUAGCUCACCGCCAGCCAAAUGCAGAUGUAUUGCCCAGAUAUGAUGCUCUAUUGAAGUGUUUUCUAAUCGUAUGGAAAUAUUGUCUCCAAAAGCGUGCUGUUAAGACAAAAGAUUCUUAUCCUUUCGCAUGAUUAUGCUCAAGUUCACUUUAGUGGGGUUAACGUACAAAACAAUUGUACUCGCACCUUCAGCAGGUAUUUCCAUCAGGAUCUAAGUUCCAGUUAUGUCUUUGAAGCUCUGAUGAGCUCAAAAAGCACGGAAGCAGAUUUCAACGUUGAAGGGUUUGGUUUUAUUUCGUUUGCACGAUAGCGGUCUCGUAAGGAUUUCACUGUAAUGGUUAGGUUGCUGCUACUUUUCUCUGUGUCUGUAUUUACACGUUAGGGUUUUGUGCAUCUGUGAUUGAGAGAGCAAGGUAUUAAAACUGCAAAACAAAUUGUUGCCUGUUCAGAAAAUGACCAGAGACUUGGUUUGUAUGAGUUUCCCUGUGUGCGGAUACUGGCCUUGCAAAAUGAUGUUGAAUUAGGGAAAGCAGCUUGGUUUAUGCAGUGGCAGAUGGACCAUCGUUCCUCCCAUCGCUCGUCCAGGCUCCUGAUGAAAAGCAGCCGACGUGAUUGUCAGCUGGGUUGUAGUUAAUUGUGUGCAGUGGUUUGCGAGGCAGAUGUCAGUCUGUUGCCCAAGUCAACUAAAUUGUGUCAAGCGGCAAAGCAGAACAGCGUGAAUGUACAACUUGCACGAUGACCGGCUUUGUCACUUAAUGCAACUAUAGGUAGCGGAUGUUUUAUUUUUUAGGAAGUGUGCUGUUCUGCUCCAGAGUAGAUGGGAGGGAUUUCUGGGGCAUUCAUUAUUUCAGAAUAAAGGUUGUGUCAGAAUUGCUGUUGAGGUAGGGAGGGUUGAAAUAAGGAUAACAACUGCAUUCCUGUAUUCAGGCAGGGAGUUGGACCCUUAAGGUCCCUUUCAGUCCUCUGAGUCGAAGUCAGUAUGAAUGCAGUCUCAUUUUCAGAUUCGUGUGUCGAAACAGGGCAAACCCCAGUACAGGGGGUUGCUCUGCACGUUAAGCAUCAUACUAAAGAAAACCAAACUGCUUGGCGGCUUAAGAAAGUCAGGCUGCCUUUGGCAGUAAAAUAGCUAAUGCAUAUAUCAACGUCGCAGAAGGCACAAACCAGCAUUUCAUGUUUAACCGAUUUAUUUUCUAUCUUUCUUUCUUCUAGAUGAGUGGCAUUAUAUAUAUAUAUUUUACAUCGGGUUGUGUUGAAUCCUUCUAGGCUUGAAAAUGCAUAUACAUGUAGAUUGUCUUGAUUUCCUUUUGUUAGCAGAAUAUUGGGGUCGUAUCACAUUAGCAAUCCCUAAAUAUUUAGGUCUGUUGUUGUACCUUAUUACACUGUCAUAUUUUUUUUUAUAUUCUAUAUGCUUUGAAUGUGAAUGUCUUAAAUUUCAGCUCAUGAUCUAUAUGAUCAGAUUCUGCAUUGUUUUUCUUUGAGCGUUCUCAUUUUCUUAGCCAUUCUUGUGCUACAUAUGUUAACAUAUAUUCAUAUAUAUGUUGUAUUCCUAAUUAUAAUCUACUUAUUGCAUUGACUUUAUGAGCACGUUUGGUAACAGGGACUGUCCUUUUGAUUCUUUACUUGAUGUAAAGAAAGCUUCAGCUGCUGUAUUUUUAAACCUGUUAAAUUAGUGUGCAUCUAUGCAAUAAAGUGUAACACAAUAGAA